AUGGCAGUUCUAAUGAGUUAUCAUAAGCUCAUUGAACGUGAUAGUAAACAUGUUGACUAUUGCUGGAAAUGCACAACAAUAUGCUUAUUGGUAUUAGCAGUUGUAUGCUGUUUCGCAGGAUCAUUGAGUCUUCAAAAAUUAGUUUUAGCAUAUGACGAUCACUGCAUCUUAGGAGCAGAUUUAAAAUUUAAACUAAAACCAGCUGUAAAUUCAUCAGGUUCAUCGAGUUUUGUUUAUGCAGAGACAAAGACAUUCACAUUGAAUGAUUAUUACACGCCAGAAAUUGCAAGCAGAUUAAGUCCUUUUGAUACGGGACAUACUUAUUCUGAAGAGCAGCUUAGUUUAUUAGAUGAAUUUCAAAUUGACGACAAAGAGACGAGCUGGGGAAAGUAUUCGACAUGUGACUUUGCUAUUUUCAUACCAAUCUUUCAGUUAUGCUUUGGAAUUAUCAUCACAGUAAUGUUCAUAAUUUGUGGAAAGGGUGGAAAAGCAGAACAAAGCUCCUUCCUCCCACAACCGUGGAGAAUUGUGACACCGUCAUUAAUAUUCUUCAUAGCAAUGACUUGCACAUCAAUAGCAAAUUUGACAAGCAUUCAUAAAGGAAUGAAUAGAUUCUGUGAAGGAUUUAUUAAUCAUGCGCCGGAUAUUGGAUGUUUAGUGUCAAUGAAUAAGUUUGCUAUAAAGGAUAUCUCAUUGAUUGUGCCAUCGAUCUUUUACAUAAGUGUACUUACAUUCAGUUGGAUCUUACUGACUUGUUGGGUAGUUCUUCUGUGCGUGAUGGCAGCAAGAGUGAUUUUUGUAAUUGACUUUCAGCUAGUAAGAGUAACAAUCAAGACAUGUGAGCAAUAUGAAGCUGACAAAUCAAAUUAUCAAGUCAUUGAGCCACAGGAACAGGAUAAAGAUGACAAUGUCGAAGAUGUCCUUUAUCAAGAACUUUUUCAAGAUUACACCAAAAAUCAUAAAAGCGCUUUUAAAGCUCGUCUAAAAAAGCUCAAGACUUUGUCAACUUGCGCAAUUUUGAUAAACAAUAGAAAAUCAUGA